UGAGACCACCAUGAUAUAAAAAAUGAGAGGGAACUUACUUGGAUUAUUUUUUCUUUUGAAAUAUUGCAUUUGCGACAAUGUGCAGAACUUUGAUGGAGACAUCAGGGACUUUGUAGUUGGUAACAGUAAAUUCUUUGUUCUUACUGACCGUCGACUACAUCAGAUGAGACACGAUCUAUCUCUGGAAAAGACAAAGAAUUUGGAUGCCACACAUCCAAACACAGUUACACUUCUGGUGCCUUUUGAGUCGAACGGGACCCUGAUUACAUGCGGAACAUCUAACGGUGGAUACUGUGAAGUUCUUGAUCUCAAUGAUAUUACAAACAGCAUUUACAAAGAAAAUUUAUCUACUGUACCACAACCGAAUGAAAAAUCCAUAGCAUUCAUAGUGGACAGCACUCCUAAUGGUGCUUACCUGUUGGUUGGAAAUGAGGACUAUAUUCAAAAUUACCAGUACCAUACUAUUAUCACUUUGUGGAGCACUUUACAUUCUCAACCAGGUACUAUUUUCUCUACAGUAGGUGAGGAUGCAGAUGCUUACAUUCAUACAACAAGAGAUGUGGAGUUUAUAGACGGGUUUCAGAUAAUUUUGCUCAAACUCUCAUACCUGUUUCUCAACGCAAAGACUGAGUCCGGUUGGCAAGCGUUUGCCCUCAGGCUCAACAACACCAAAGGAAAGAAGAAAGACAUUCUGAAGGACAUAACUGGAACAAUAUUGGACUGUUGUAGUAAUGAAUCUCAUCCUGUCCUCGUCGCAUCAGCUCUUAUUUCUUCAGAUAAAGCUGUGAUCUGGACAGGUGUGUUCAGUGCGCGAAAUGAUCCGGAGAACACAGCACUCGCUGUUUACGACCUCAGUAAUGUUAAUGGUAAAGUUACAGAUUUCUGCUUCACCGGUGAGAGAUGUAGGUCUAAUCCUAAACAUCAACCAAUAGCAGAAGUUUUCAAAAAGUCAAUGAGUUCAGUAGCAGCAGUUAGGAGUGAAUCCUGGAUUGAGCUCUUCAUUGGAACCAAAGAUGGACAACUGAUAAAGGUUGUGUUGGAUGAGAAAUUCAGUCCAGGCUGUCCCACAGUGCUGUACAGAUCUGAUGAUGAUCAAAAAGUGCUUACCAAGAUGCAUUUAGAUCCAGUAGAUAACAAACAUAUCUACAUAGCUCUGAAAAGCCAGAUCAGAAGAGUUCCUGUGGUUCAGUGUGUUAAACACACAUCUCUGAAAGACUGCAGAGCUGCGCUGGAUCCUCUCUGUGGUUGGUGUGUUGAGACAGGCAGAUGCUCCACCCAGGAUGAAUGCUUGAUCUCCUCAUGGAUAUCUUUCCCAAAUAACUCCAUUCAGAAACCACUGCUGUCUUUUCAAGUGGCAGAGAAUUCCUUUAGAGAGAUGACUCUACAUCUCACCUUGAGUCUGGAGAGCACACAAAAUCCUGCCAUCUUUUCUUGUACAUUCACCACAGCGGGUGUGAACCUUUGUAACGGAUCUGAUCCUGCUAUAAUUUUUCCAAAUUGCUCCUGUGAUUUUUCAGACCAGCUACUGUUUAGCGGAGGUUUCGAGGUCUUGGUUGCAGUUACUGUUGAGGAUCAGCAGAUCACAGAGACCCUGAGGCUGAAGAACUGCUCAUCUAUUACAGAUAAUUCAACAAUGGCUUCUUAUACAGAGUGUCUGCAGUGCAUCUCAGCUGGAUGUCAUUGGUCCUCUUCUUUCAAGCGCUGUGAUUGGACACAUGGAUUUGAUGAACAGUUCAACACACCGGAUGCCUGUAAAGAUUUACAGACAGACUACAAAGAGCCAAAAAUUUUGUCUAUAGAGCCGAACAGAGUUUCUUUCCAUGGCAGAAACAAUGUUUUACUAAUAGGAAGCAACCUGGAAUCUGUCACCAAAAUCCGUUUUCAAGAGGAUCUGGACUGCAUUUCAAAAGAGUUUCCUGUGUUUGAUCGUUCGAGUGACCGUCUAAAGUUCCACGUUCCUCCCAGUGAAACUAAAGGAACACUAAAAGUAUGCGUUGUUACUGAGGAUGACCGUUGUCAUGGUAACAGCAUCAUUACUUAUAAUUCCCAGCCCAGCUGCACAGGAAUACAACCCAAAGUCACCUGGAGAAGUGGAGGAAGGAAGAUUCAUGUACAGGGGAUCAAUAUGGAGUUUGUGGAAUCGAUCAUUAUCCAUCCUUCCAAUAAAGAGCUCAAAUCACAAUACAGCACAAGUUCAAAGGAUUUGUGGUUUUACACCCACCCUUAUGAUGGCAAUGGUCUCAUUAAUUUGAUGUUGAAAGUUGGUAACGUCACUUUAGACUGUGUUAGUUUGACCCACCAGCCUGAUCCAGAGUUCAUUGGAUUUACAACCAGACACAUGGACAAUGAUGUACUGGUGACUAUAAAGAAACUACAUGUGUAUCUGUGA